GAUGUAUGUUUAUGUUUGGCGCCUUGGAAAAGCGGCACUUCAGCGAUGCGAUCUCAAUUGACAAAAGGAUCAGCAUAUUGUCUUCGUGAAGGUGUAAUCGUUCCCAACACUAUUGCGCGUCAUUGUAAUGCAUUUUCUAAAAAAAGAAUUUAAAAUCAAAAAUAUAAUUGUGAUAGACUUUCGUUUUAGCAUCAGCACUUGCAAAGACUGGAGUCAUGAGUGAGUUUCGAAUUCACCAUGAUGUGAACGAAUUGCUCAGUUUGCUUCAGGUUCGUGGAGGAGAAGGAGCUGAAGUGUAUAUAGAUUUAUUACAGAAAAAUAAAACACCGUAUAUUACAACAACAGUUUCUGCCCACAGUGCGAAGGUAAAAAUUGCAGAAUUUUCCAAAACACCUGAAGACUUUCUCAAGAAAUAUGAUGAACUGAAAUCAAGGAAUGUACGACAUUUAGAUCCACUAGUGUAUCUGCUGUCCAAACUAACUGAGGAUAAAGAGACUUUACAGUAUAUGCAACAAAAUGCCAAGGAAAGAGCAGAGAUUUCAGCAAGUGCUACUUCCAGCAGCACCACAAAUUUUACCAUACCUCCAACAAACACCAAAAUGUCAAUCCAAGAACUGGAAGAGCUAAGGAAGAAGCUAGGCAAUGUUGCAGCAAGCUCAAAUAUUCAACAGCCCCUGGAAGUAACAAGAAAGAUGCUUAGAGAUAAGCACAAUAAGAAAAGUCCAGCACAACCCAUCCCUAUUUUUCCAAACUGGGUUUAUGAAAGACCUGCACUUAUAGGGGACUUCCUCAUUGGCUCAAGUGGAACCACCGAUACAACCGUAGCUAUUGGAUCACUUCCAUUAUCCUGCCAGGAACAAGCAUUGGUAGAAGAUCUUUUGUACCUCCUGAUUGGUGUGGAUGGUCGCUAUGUUACAGCACAACCAGUUCUAGGAAGACAGAAUCGGUCUUUUAUUGUAGAUCCUACCUUAGAUAUGUCUAUCAAAGAACUUGUGAAUAGGAUUUUACCAGUUGCUGCAAGCUACUCAACAAUUACACAGUUUAUUGAAGAGAAAUCAUCUUUUGAGUAUGGUCAAGUAAAUCACGCAUUGGCCGCAGCAAUGAGAGCUCUAAUGAAAGAAUAUAUGAUCUUGGUGACUCAGUUAGAGCAUCUUCAAAGGCAAGGAAUGUUGUCCCUUCAGAAACUUUGGUUUUAUAUCCAGCCAACUAUGAGGACAAUGGAAAUCUUAGCUUCAAUAGCCACCUCAGUAGAUAAAGGAGACUGCAUGGGUGGAUCUACACUGAGCCUCUUACAUGACCGUACCUUCAACUACACAGGUGACAGUCAGGCUCAAGAACUUUGUCUUUACCUCACCAAAGCAGCAAGUGUUCCUUAUUUUGAAAUUCUGGAGAAAUGGAUCUACAGAGGUAUAAUCAAGGACCCUUAUAGUGAAUUUAUGGUAGAAGAACAUGAGCUUCAGAAAGAAAAAAUACAGGAGGACUACAAUGACAAAUAUUGGGAUCAACGGUACACUAUUGUGCAGCUGCGGAUCCCAGCAUUUCUACAGAAAAUGGCAGACAAAAUACUAAGUACAGGUAAAUACCUGAAUGUAGUACGUGAAUGUGGUUGUGAUGUUACCUGCCCAGAUGCUAAAGAAGUGCUGUAUACCUUGAAAGAACGUGCCUAUGUUGAACAGAUCGAAAAAGCUUACAACUAUGCCAGCAAAGUUCUACUGGAUUUCCUAAUGGAAGAGAAGGAGUUGGUGGCACGUUUAAGAUCAAUAAAACAUUAUUUUCUUAUGGACCAAGGGGAUUUCUUUGUUCAUUUUAUGGACCUAACAGAAGAUGAGCUAAAAAAGCCAGUUGAUGACAUAAUUCCUACCAGAUUGGAGGCUUUGCUGGAACUUGCCUUAAGAAUGAGUACUGCUAAUACUGAUCCUUUUAAAGAUGACUUGAAGAUUGAUCUUAUGCCUCAUGAUGUUAUUACCCAAUUACUGCGUGUGCUGGCAAUAGAAACAAAACAGGAAAAGGCAAUCAUCAAUGCAGACCCAACCGAAUUAGCUCUUAGUGGACUAGAAGCCUUUUCCUUUGAUUAUAUUGUAAAAUGGCCUCUUUCUUUAAUUAUUAACAGGAAAGCUUUGACCAGAUAUCAGAUGUUGUUCAGGCACAUGUUCUAUUGCAAACAUGUAGAAAGACUACUUUGCAAUGUGUGGAUCAGCAACAAAACUGCAAAGCAGUACUCGCUGCAUUCUGCUAAAUGGUUUGCUGCUGCUUUUACCCUAAGACAGCGAAUGUUAAAUUUUGUGCAAAAUAUCCAGUACUAUAUGAUGUUUGAAGUUGUGGAGCCAACUUGGCACAUUAUGGAGAACAAUUUAAAAACAGCAUCAAACAUUGAUGAUGUCCUGUGCCACCACACAAGUUUCUUAGACAACUGUCUGAAGGACUGCAUGUUAACCAACCCAGAACUGUUAAAGAUUUUCUCUAAGCUGAUGUCUGUGUGUGUCACAUUUACCAACUGUAUGCAGCGGUUCACUCAGAGUAUGAAACUAGACAGUGAAAUGAGUCGCCUUACAUUGGAACAUGGUACAAUGAGUGGCCCACCAACUCAGGAUGAACGAAGAGAAGAGACAGAAAAGAAAAGACUUACUUCAAAGUAUUUGGCUGAACAUGUAGAUGCACUCCAGUCAUCUUGUGGCUUUGAAUCUACCAUUAACAAGUUUGACACUAAUUUUUCAACACAUCUUCUGGAUCUUUUGGACAAACUUAGUAUUUAUAGUACUAAUGACUGUGAACACAGCAUGAUUAAUAUCAUCUAUAGGCUUGACUUCAAUGGAUUUUACACAGAGCGCCUGGAGCGAAUGUCUGCAGAAAGAAACCAAAAACCAGCUGCUUCAGAUGUGUUGCUGAAGACAUCUGCAUCAACCUAGCAAAGGAUUCCACAUGCUAAAUCUUUUUAUAGUAUAUUCAUCAAAAAAUCAACCGCAUUAUAUAAAUACUUAGGGGACAUCACCAAUUAAAAUCCAGUCUGUUGUUAGAAAAGCAUGUGUUAAAAAAAAAAAAAA